GAUUCGGAUAUACGUCCGCACAGAAAUGAGCCAACACUGUGCUUGUGGAGGGCGUGAGCUGCGUGUGGUGGUGAACACCAAUGACCCCGACUAUGAAGACAUCUACUCUAUAGAGAGUUAUGAUGAUCCCAUGGCUAUGGAGCAGAGCAUCCACCUUAGCCCCGCUGCGAAUCAGAACGAUGGUGAGACUGUCACUGUUGACCCUCUGAAAGCAAAAAGGCCCAGGAGAGAGGUCAAAGGGGAAGCUCCAGUGGACCUUUGCGUGUUGCCCCUGGAGGAGGGCAGCUGUGGGAGGUUUACUUUGCGCUGGUACUUUAACAGCCAGGUGCAAGCCUGUAGACCCUUCAUCUACAGCGGCUGUGAGGGCAACGCCAACCGCUUCCUCCAUCAGGAGACCUGUGAGGAGCGCUGCUUCCCCGAGGACACAGAUGCUGUUCCUUUGAAAAAGGGGCGAUGAUGAAGCGCAUGUCAUGACCACCUCCUCUCCACCCUAAAGAAUGGCAACACAAUAUUUAAAGCUAUAAACAUUGGCAGGGUUUUGAAUAUACAGCAUAUAGCAUUGAUGGAUCUUGGCUCAUGGCCACAGGUCACGUUGAUAAUUUGAUUAUUUAUUUCAAGUACAUUUAUAUUACGUUAACUCUGCAGCCAAACUUUUAAAUCCCCCUCAGAAUUACAUCAAGCGAUUACAGCAGCACCGUAUUACAGGAAGAAAAUGUUGUCCAAACAUUGAUGCAACCAUACCACAGAAUGCAGAAUCUGUCUUUGGUGUACAGGUAAUGAGUUCGAAAUCUGUCUACUAAAUAGCUGUUCUGUAUAUAUAAAGAGGUGUGCACAAUAGAUGUUAUCAUAUUUGUCCAAUGUGAUGUACAUAUAAAUGUAUAUUUUUAUUACCUGGAAAAUAGUGUUUUGUGUGUCCUAAUGAUUCAUGUUAAACUCUGCAUGUUUUAAACUGACAGAGAAAAGGUGCUAUUUUAAAAGGUAUUUUUGUAUUGCACAUUUCAUUUGUUGUUUUCAAAGAAAAAUGGAAGUUUGUAUUUUCACCAAGUUUGAUGUUCAAAUUGCAAAAAGCACACUCAUGCUGCCUUGGAAACAUUACUCAUUGUUUUAUGAAAUAUAUGAAUAAACCAGAACAUUUGAAUAAUAGUAUUUCUACAAUGUUUAAAAAAAAAUGAAAAAUACUUUUAGUAGUGUUAGUUUGGAUAGGGCUUGGGUCAGCACACUGGGAUAUAUGAUAAUGUACGGCUAGCUUAGAAGUAUAUACAGUGCAUUCGGAAAGUAUUCAGACCGCUGUACUUUUUCCACAUUUUGUUACA